AUGGCGCACGGGCUUGAUUCCAGGCCCACCGUUGAGGAUUUUCGCGAAGACAGCGUGUGGGUGCAGUUAGCCAAAACUCAUUGGCUUGAGACAUCCAAGGUCCGGAAAGUCAAGCAGGAUGUCAUCAAGAAGGAUAUAUGGGACCCUCUCGAAGCGGAUAAUUUCAGCUUUCGCUCGCUUCUAACGUUGGAAAAUUUGAAUAUUUUAGAGAAGUUUCUCUGGCCGACCUACACAGAAGAUGCUUCGAACUACCAUGUAUUGCUGCUGGCGCUUAUUGUCACUGUCAAACAGCGAGAACAUCUGCCGAUAUGGGACAUCUUCUCUGAUCGACCGGAUGACUUUUCCAACCUUUUCCAUCGAAUUCUCUCCAUGAGUAUCGACCAGUCCCUUUCUACAUCGUCGCGCCUGUCCAUAGUAUCCUUUAUAAUUGGCUCCUUUCAAUCCCUCGAGAAUGUUUCGAUACGGAAGGAAUGUGCACCUCUGGUCUCCAUUUCGAUUUGGCACAAUCUCUCGAGUGACGAUGCACGAGAACAGGUGUUAGUAAAGGGCCCCACGCUGAAGAAAACGUGGAGAGCUGCCACAAAACGAUAUGAUGCAGCAGACGAAACAACCAAAGCGAAAAUGAGGUUUGACCGGUCAUGGCUCUACACGAUGCUUCUCGAUUUUUUUCGGAGAUUGAACGGCGCCGAGAAGGACCAGGCGGAUAACCUGCGUUAUUGUGAAAGGUUUCUUGAGUUCCUAGUGGAUCUAGAAAGCCAACUUCCCACCAGACGAUAUGUCAACACAUUGCUGAAAGAUCUCAACAUUCUACCAGUCGUUCGCUUAUCGGAACUCUACCGAUCUUCGGAGAAUGAGCUAUUCCGCGACUUGUAUAAUCUCUUAAAGCAUUUCGCUACAUUCUCAAUUGACGAUUAUACAGGCGAGAGCCUAUCACCCCAGGCAGUGUACGAUACCCACUGCCAGGAGCUAGCGCACUUGCAGCGAACUUCCAUGAAAUACUUUAAGGACAAAUUAAUGAUCCUAGCUUUGUCGAAUUACGGUUCAAUUGAGCAACGUCCGGAGCUGGAAGGGCAGCUAUCUUCUUUAGAUGACUCUGAGCUCCGAAGCCUUUGUUCUCACCUUGGAUUUCGGACAGACUAUCCGAAACAGUGUCAAAUCACACCCGAUCGCCAUCUAUAUCUAGAAAUACUCUUAUCCUUUUACGAGCGCAAGGCACCAUUUCAAGAUGUUGUAUCACGCCUAAGUGUUGUUCCGACAGAAGAAAACCUCUACGACCCAGCUUUGCUACGGAAUGAAACCUAUGACGGAUCUAGGCCCCUUGCAAUUCCAAAAUUGAACCUUCAGUACUUGAGCCUAGGGGACUUUCUAUGGCGCUCAUUUCUCUUGUAUCGAUCCGAAGCUUUCUUCCAGAUUCGCAAAGAUAUGGAAACGAUCGUCAAGCGAAUGCAGCCCCGAGCCAGUCGAGACGGCAAAAGUCUGACUUUUGAUGGGUUCUCCCGGAUGGCUAUCCCUAUUUCGAAACCUGCUAUCAUCGAGGUUGCGCCCCCGAGGGUUGGCUCCACAAACCCAGCUUUUGUGCGAGCUGAGAUCGUGAUUGAGGUUGGCAGGCUGGCAGACCACGUCCGGAUGGAAUGGGAGUCCCUCCGCCCCGACGACGUGGUUUUCCUUCUGGCCGUGCAGCCUGGCGCUGCAAACAAACUGGCGUUCCAGGACCCCACCCCAAUUGAUACCCCUAGCCUAACGCACCUCAGAACAGCAGAAAUAGUGCAGGUACUUGAUGAAAAUGGCCGCCCAUUGCGCGAACCCGCUUCGGGGCAGACCAAUGGCCAUCGAUCGAGACCACGCAUCAGGAGACUUUUGGUUAAUCUUGACCCUGAUGCCUUCAAAGCGGAUAAAGAUCGUAGCAUGCAGGGAAAGCCAGAUAUUUAUCCGUUGGUCAACGUAGUCGCAAGGAGAAAGGGAAGGGAAAACAACUUCAAAUCUAUACUGGAGACUAUGCAAAGGCUCAUUGUCUCCGAUAUAACUCUUCCUUCUUGGCUGCAGGACAUCUUUUUGGGUUAUGGGGACCCCGCAGGGGCCCAUUACACAGAAUUGCCGAACAGACUUAAAUCGGUCGAUUUUCGCGAUACGUUCUUGGACUGGCAGCAUCUGGUAGAAAGCUUCCCGGGGACAACAAUUGAACCUUCUGGCGAGGAGACAUCAAGCUUCGGACCGCCUUAUGUGCUCGAAUAUGUUGAAGAUACCCAAAAAACACCUUCCGUGAAUGCCUCCAAGAAGCGGCGGAGAGAUCAAACCGAGAAGGAGAAACCACCCUCAUACUCACUUCGUGUUUCGACAUAUACGCCACCUAAUCCAGGCCCGUAUCCUGUCGAUGCGCCCAAACUAAACUCUGUCCGUUUCACACCAGCUCAGGUGGAAGCUAUCGCAUCUGGGACACAACCUGGGUUAACUAUUAUUGUCGGACCUCCCGGAACCGGAAAGACGGAUGUUGCAACGCAAAUCAUUAAUAACAUCUACCAUGAUUUCCCUAAUGAGCGCACGCUUUUGGUUGCGCACAGCAACCAGGCGUUAAACCAACUUUUCCAGAAGAUAGUUGCACUGGAUAUCGACGAACGCCACCUUUUGCGCCUUGGUCACGGCGAAGAAGAAUUGGAGACCGAGUCAAGCUAUAGCAAAUAUGGCCGGGUUGAAUCGUUCCUCGAUAACCGUAACUAUUAUCUCUCUGAAGUUACCCGGUUAGCAUCAUCGAUUGGAGCACAGGGCGCUCAUGGAAACUCCUGCGAGACUGCCGGGUACUUCAACACUGUAUACAUUCAGCCUGCAUGGGCAAAAUUUUGGGAUCAGGCCCGCAACGAAAAUAUCUCUCUCGAAGAGAUCAUUGCAGCUUUCCCAUUCCAUGCCUUCUUUUCCAAUGCCCCACGGCCCGUAUUCAACUCUUCAGGUCCUAAGGAAGCAGUGCUAGAUGUAGCAGAAGGUUGCCAGCGGCACAUUGACAAGAUAUUCUUUGAGCUAGAAGAUAUCCGGCCGUUUGAGAUUUUACGGCAACCAAAAGACAAGGCUAAUUACCUCCUGGUGAAAGAGGCCAGGAUCAUCGCAAUGACAUCCACGCAUGCAGCAAUGCGCCGCCAGGAGAUUGCCGAUCUUGGCUUCCAUUAUGACAAUGUUGUGAUGGAAGAAGCCGCGCAGAUCACGGAGAUUGAAAGCUUCAUUCCCUCCGCCUUGCAAACAAUGAAGGGUGGCCAGCUCCCAUUGAAACGCGUGGUACUCUGCGGUGAUCAUCUCCAGAAUUCCCCAAUCAUCCAAAACCUUGCGUUCCGGCAAUACGCACAUUUCGAACAAAGUCUCUUCCUUCGCCUGGUAAGAUUGGGUGUCCCUGUAAUUACGCUUGAUCAGCAGGGUCGUUCGAGACGUAGCAUCGCAGAACUAUUUCGCUGGCGUUACAAGCAACUGGGAAACCUAUCAGUAGUUGAGACGGCCGAUGAGUUCAAGCAGGCGAAUGCUGGGUUCCAAUUCGAUUACCAAUUCAUCAACGUUCCUGAUUACCAGGGCACGGGUGAACGGGAACCUGCACCUCAUUUCAUUCAAAACCUGGGUGAAGCAGAAUACGCCGUAGCCCUUUAUCAAUACAUGCGGUUACUUGGUUACCCAGCGUCGAAGAUAUCCAUUCUUGCUACCUAUGCGGGACAAACAGCGCUGAUAAAGGAUGUCUUGAACCACCGCUGCGCUAAGAAUGCCUUGUUCGGCAUGCCGAAGAUCGUGACUACCGUGGACAAGUAUCAGGGCGAACAAAACGACUAUGUAAUUCUCUCACUCACACGAACUCGUACGGUUGGUUACCUACGUGAUGUCCGUCGUCUAACGGUUGCACUUUCUCGUGCCCGUCUUGGCCUCUACAUACUCGGUCGGCGCGAGGUAUUCGAGUCGUGUUAUGAGCUUAAGCCAGCAUUUGACAUAUUAUUUCAACGCCCCGAUAAACUCAUGCUUGCUCCAGGCGAAAUGUUCCCAACUGCACGAGCGCUGAGUGAUGAGGUUCAAGGCACACCGAUGGAAGGAGUGGAGCAUCUUGGCCAGUAUGUGUUCGAAAUGACUCAGGCUAAGCUCAAGGCAAUAGGAGAGCAAGACAUCAUGGUUGAGGACGUGAUACCGAAUGGUGAAGAGGAUCUAGUGGAUGAGGACGAGGUCAUGCUUGGUGCAGGUGAAGAACAAGAUGAAGACCCUCUGCACGAGCAUGUCUUCACUGGAGCGUAA